ACCUAUCAGGCCUCCAUGGAACUCCUCUCCGCACUGGGCAGAUUCAUCCCCAACUACAAGUGUAGCUCCAUCAACAAUCCAGUCGCUGCCAUUGGGGGACCGAGUGCAAGCUUUUGUUAUCAUAUGGCAACCAUUCUGAGCACCUACAAGAUUCCACAGGUAACAUAUGCUUCUACACCAGUGAAGAAUGACCAAAGUCAACCUGCUUCCUUUCAUCAUAUGUUUCCAAAUGGGGCCCAUCAAUAUAUGGGGAUUCUCCAGUUACUGCUGCAUUUCAGUUGGACAUGGAUUGGGGUGAUGUAUACAGAAGAGCUCUAUGGGGACAUUUUUGUGAAAGAUGCACUUCCCAUAUUUUCCAAGAGAAACAUCUGCUUUGAUUUUAUAGAAAAAUUCCCCCCCUUAAUGUUUUCCACUCAGAUUGAAGAUAUGAUAUCAGAAGGGAAAAAAUUGUUUAGUGUUGCCAUGAGAAGCUCAGCCAAUGCAUUUGUUGUCUUUGGAGGAAGUCAAACCAUGGCAGUUAUGAGGACAUUGAUUCACUUCUUUGCAUUUGAGAAUGUACCUGGGAAGACAAAAGUUUGGAUUAUGACUGCCGAGGUGGAGUUCACGUCAGUUGGCUUUCAAAGGGGGUGGAGCAUACAGUACAUCCACGGGGCAAUCUCUCUCUCAGUUCCUUCCAAGAAUUUGCUGAGAUUCCAGGAAUUUAUGCAGAUGAGAAACCCUACAGUGGACAAUGAAGAUGGCUUCAUAAAAGACUUCUGGGGAAAUGCAUUUGCCUGUUCUUUCCCUGAACACGUGGAGGAGGAGUAUGUAGAGCAAAUUUGCUCCGGAAGCGAGAAACUGGAGAAUCUUCCCAAGGCCGUUUUUGAAAUGACCAUGACUGACCACAGCCACAGUGUGUAUAAUGCUGUCUAUGCUGUAGCCUAUGCCUUGCAUGCCAUGCAUUUACACAGAUUCAAGCAAUCAGUAAUGGGUGAUCAAGAAAGACAGAAACUUCUAAAUCAAAAGCAAUUUCUGCUCCAUCUCUUUUUGGCAGGAGUCUCGUUCAACAACAGCGCUGGGGAGAAGGUGGCCUUCAACCACAAUGGAGAGUUAAUAGCUGGUUUUGAUAUUAUCAAUUGGGUCACAUUCCCAAACCAGUCCUUCCUCAGAGUCAAAGUUGGGAAAAUAGACCCUGGGGCUCUCUCAGACAAAGUGCUCACUAUCAAUGAAGAGGCCAUCAUAUGGCCCAGCAGGUUCAACCAGACGCUGCCCCUUUCCCUGUGUAAUGAGCCAUGCCUGUCGGGUCAGAGUAAGACAAAGAAAGAAGGGAAACCAUUUUGCUGCUACGAUUGUAUUCCAUGUCCACAAGGGAAGAUUACAAACCAGACAGAUAUGGAUGACUGUUUCCCAUGUCCAGAAGGUUAUUACCCUAACAGUGACCACAGCUUAUGCAUUCCCAAAGUUAUUAGCUUCUUAUCUUAUGAAGAAAUAUUGGGAGCCAGUCUGGCUGCUUCUGCCCUUUCUUUAUCACUCAUUACAGCUUGGGUCCUUGGGAUAUUCCUUAAAUACCGGGACACUCCCAUCGUCAAAGCCAACAACCAGGACCUCACCUACACUCUCCUCAUCUCCCUCCUGCUAUCUUUCCUUUGCGCUUUACUAUUCAUUGGCCGACCUGAAAAGUUCAUGUGUCUCCUCCAACAAACAGCUUUCGGCAUCAUCUUCUCUCUCGCCGUGUCUUGCGUGUUGGCCAAAACCACCACUGUGGUUCUAGCGUUCGUGGCCACCAAACCAGGAUCCAGAAUGAAGAACUGGGUGGGGAAACGAUCCACAAUCUGCAUUGUUCUGUUCGGCCUUCUUGUUCAAGCCACUGUUUGUACUGCAUGGCUGGCAACCUCUCCUCCAUUUCCAGAUGUUGACAUGCACGCAGUAACGGAAGAGAUUGUGCUGCAAUGUAACGAAGGGUCGGUUGUGUGGUUUUAUUGUGUCCUGGCCUUUCUGGGUUUCUUGGCCAUGGUCAGCUUCUCUGUGGCUUUCCUAGCCAGGAAAUUACCAGACAGCUUUAAUGAAGCCAAAUUCAUCACUUUCAGCAUGGUGGUCUUUUGCAGUGUUUGGCUCUCCUUUAUUCCAGCCUACUUAAGCACCAAGGGGAAAUACAUGGUGGCUAUGGAGAUUUUCUCCAUCUUGUCCUCCAGUGCUGGAUUGCUAGUUUGCAUCUUUUCUCCUAAAUUAUACAUCCUGAUGCUGAAGCCUGAGUGGAAUAAUAAGGACUGGUUGCUAAGAAGAAGAAAAGAAGAAAACCUCGGUCAACGUGGCAUUGCCUGGCCAAAGGUCGAGGCUGGCUCCCUGGGGGCCCCCGGGGAGCAGGAUAAACCGGCGGCCAUGCUGGGAACAUCCCUGGCAGCUGCGGGCCCAAUCAGCCCAAUGAUCUCCACGUGGCCAGCCAAUGCCAGUCCUGUUCUCCAGUCUCCAGGAUAA